UAGCCUCUAGAGGAAGUGAGCGCAGUGUAGUGGAAUGUAGUUACCAUUAGUGGGAGUUGAGCUGAGGCUGGCUAACAGCUAGCCUGCUAUGUUGAGUUGCUGAGCUGGAGACGCAGAGGAUAGUGAUGAAAACAUGCCUCACUUCACAGUGGUACCGGUGAAGGAUCAAGCUCAGUCCAACUACGAUAGUCUAGAGGGGAUUAACUGGGUGGAUUACAGAGACACUGGACAGGACUGCCCUGAUCAUCAAGAUUCUGUCAGCUCUGAUGGACACGGGAAUCAUAAAGAAGACAGUCCAUUUCUCAACAAUGCUGAUGCUGCUAGCAAGAAGAAUGACUUCUAUGACAGAAAUCUGGCUUUGUUUGAGGAAGAGCUGGACAUCCGGCCAAAGGUUUCCUCCCUGCUCAGCCGCUUGGUCAGCUACACCAACAUCACCCAGGGAGCCAAGGAGCAUGAGGAGGCGGAGAGCGCUGAGGCCUCACGCAGGAAGACCCCCAAGUCUCCCAACAUGGGUACUCUGAUGGGGGUCUACUUGCCGUGUCUGCAGAACAUCUUUGGUGUCAUUCUUUUCCUCCGACUGACGUGGAUUGUUGGGAUGGCUGGCAUCAUGCAGUCCCUCCUGAUUGUCCUGAUGUGCUGCUCAUGUACAAUGCUCACGGCCAUAUCAAUGAGUGCCAUUGCCACGAAUGGUGUUGUUCCAGCUGGAGGGGCGUACUUCAUGAUCUCCCGCUCCCUUGGCCCUGAGUUUGGAGGAGCUGUGGGUCUGUGCUUCUACUUAGGCACCACCUUUGCUUCUGCCAUGUACAUACUGGGGGCCAUCGAAAUCUUCUUGAAAUAUUUGGUCCCCCAGGCGGCCAUAUUUCACGCUACAGACACCCUUGGGAGUGACAGUGCCAUGCUGAACAAUAUGCGAGUCUACGGCUCUAUCUGCCUCAGCCUGAUGGCUGUGGUGGUUUUUGUAGGAGUCAAAUAUGUCAACAAGCUGGCUUCUCUUUUCCUGGCCUGUGUCAUUAUCUCAAUUGUCUCCAUCUAUGCUGGGGCAUUCAAAUCCAUGACUCAUCCCCCUGAAUUCCCGAUCUGCAUGCUGGGAAACAGAACGUUGGUGAGAGAUCGCUUCGAUGUGUGUGCUAAGACUGUGAUAAAGGGCAACAUCACGGUGCCCAGUCAGCUGUGGGAAAGGUUCUGUCUGCCGGGGAACAUGAGCGGCACUCAGUGUGAUGACUACUUCAUCCAGAACAAUGUGACAGAGAUACAGGGCAUCCCUGGACUUGGCAGUGGAAUUAUAAGAGAAAACAUGUGGGGUGACUACCAACAGAAAGGGGAGAUCUUAGAGAAAGCGGGGCUACAGUCAGUGGAUGCCCAUGGUGCCAUGGAGAACUUUGGCAUGUAUGUGUCAGCAGACAUCGCUACAUCAUUCACACUUCUGGUUGGGAUCUUCUUCCCAUCUGCCACAGGUAUCAUGGCAGGGUCCAACAGAUCUGGUGAUCUCCGUGAUGCUCAAAAGUCCAUCCCUGUGGGAACUAUCUUAGCCAUUACUACUACUUCACUUGUUUAUUUCAGUUCUGUGGUUCUGUUUGGAUCUUGUAUCGAAGGAGUAGUCCUUAGGGACAAGUUUGGAGACGCCGUUCGAAAAAACUUGGUGGUGGGAACGCUCUCAUGGCCGUCUCCGUGGGUUAUUGUCAUUGGCUCCUUCUUCUCUACAGUUGGGGCGGGCCUGCAGUCGCUCACUGGGGCUCCCCGACUUCUGCAGGCUAUAGCCAAGGACAACAUCAUUCCUUUCCUCAGGGUGUUUGGUCACGGAAAGACCAAUGGAGAGCCUACAUGGGCCCUACUACUGACUGGUCUCAUAGCUGAGCUGGGCAUCCUUAUUGCCUCACUCGACAUGGUGGCUCCCAUACUUUCAAUGUUCUUCUUGAUGUGUUAUCUCUUUGUGAACUUAGCCUGUGCAGUUCAGACUCUUUUACGGACACCCAACUGGAGGCCAAGGUUUAAAUAUUACCACUGGGCUCUGUCCUUCCUUGGCAUGAGUAUGUGUCUGGCUCUAAUGUUCAUCUCCUCCUGGUACUACGCUAUUGUGGCCAUGGUCAUUGCUGGGAUGAUCUACAAAUACAUUGAGUACCAGGGAGCAGAGAAGGAGUGGGGAGAUGGUAUAAGAGGACUGUCCCUUAGCGCUGCACGAUACGCCCUGUUGAGACUAGAGGUUGGACCCCCGCACACCAAGAACUGGAGACCUCAGCUGCUUGUGCUGUUGAAGCUGGACGAGGACCUCCAUGUAAAAUACCCUCGUCUGCUCACCUUUGCCUCGCAGCUAAAGGCAGGAAAGGGUCUGACCAUUGUGGGCUCUGUCGUCCAGGGCAACUUCCUGGAAAGCUAUGGGGAAAUGCAGGCCGCUGAGCAGACCAUUAAGAAUAUGAUGGAGAUUGAGCGAGUCAAGGGUUUCUGCCAGAUUGUGGUGGCAUCUAAGGUGCGGGAGGGUAUUGUCCAUCUGAUCCAGUCCUGUGGUCUGGGGGGCAUGAAGCACAACACUGUGAUGAUGGGCUGGCCGUACGGCUGGAGACAGAGUGAGGACCCUCGUGCCUGGAAGACUUUUAUCAACACAGUCCGCUGCACCACAGCUGGCCACCUGGCCCUGAUGGUGCCCAAAAAUGUGUCCUUUUACCCAAGCAACCAUGAACGCUUCACAGAUGGCAACAUUGACGUUUGGUGGAUCGUCCAUGAUGGGGGGAUGCUAAUGCUGCUGCCUUUUCUGCUCAAACUGCAUAAAGUUUGGAGGAAAUGCAAGAUGCGCAUCUUCACUGUAGCCCAGAUGGAUGACAACAGCAUCCAGAUGAAGAAAGAUCUGGCCACGUUCCUUUACCAGCUGAGAAUAGAGGCUGAGGUGGAGGUGGUGGAGAUGCAUGACAGUGACAUCUCCGCAUACACCUAUGAGCGAACGUUAAUGAUGGAGCAGAGGUCCCAAAUGUUGAGGCAAAUGAGGCUCUCCGGUGCAGAAAGACAAAGAGAGGCCCAGCUGGUUAAGGACAGACACUCUUUGGUGCGUAUGGGAAGUCUAUACUCAGAUGAGGAGGAGGAGGUGGUGGAGGCUCCUCCAGAGAAGGUCCAGAUGACGUGGACAAGAGAGAAGUGUGAGGCUGAGAGGAGGAACAGAAACAAUGCACCCGAGAACUUCAGAGAACUCAUGAGCCUCAAACCGGAUCAGUCUAAUGUGCGGCGAAUGCAUACAGCUGUGAAGCUGAACGAGGUAAUAGUCAACAGGUCCCAUGAUGCUCGAUUAGUGCUGCUCAACAUGCCAGGGCCACCUCGUAACACAGACGGAGAUGAGAACUAUAUGGAGUUUCUGGAGGUGUUGACUGAAGGCUUGGAAAGAGUGCUGCUGGUCCGAGGUGGAGGGCGAGAGGUUAUCACCAUCUACUCAUGAUCAAUUAUUAGUUGCUACACCUUAGCAUCUGCCUCAUCAGAAUGCAUUCCGCCUCUGGACAGGAGGCAGCACCUGCUUUGCUGCCAGACAGUUCUGGGUAGACGCAUGAAUUUGACACUUUUAUAGUAAAGUAUGGAUUUUUCAGUACGAAGGAGUUUUUUUUUUUAUUCAUGUAGAAUACUGGGACACACUAGUGUACACCUCCACCUGUAUGUUCACAACUCUGCCAUUCUUUACGAAUGAAAGCUGUUAUGUUGCUCCUUCAGAAAUCAAUACUUUAGAUAAGCAUUUUCUUGUUCAUAGGUCACAAAUACCUCUUCAUAUGUGAUAAUAAACCUAUUUUUGAAAGACUAUGGCAGACUAUCCUGACUGAGAAGUACACAUGUUGGUAGAAGAGUUUUAAUAAUAUGCCAGAUUUUUAUUCUGAAACAGCUCUUCGAUUAUUUUAGAAGCACAUCUCUAUUUAUUUAUUUAUUUUUUUCAACAUUUCCCCACUGAGAUAAAGUAAAUGUUACUGUGGCUAUUGAACACCGCUCGCUUGACAUUGGUUGUGCUGUAAAGGUGGCAUGCCAGAGAUCAUAAAGCAAGUUUUCAAAACUAAUUAUAAUUUAUGAUUUUUUUGGACAGAUAUUUGUUUUGUUAAUAUGAGAGAAAAAUGUAUAUGCAUGACUUUUGAACUGUUACAUUUGUACUUUUUCUACAGACCUGGAAAGCUUAAAAAGAUGGCUUAAUUUAAAGUUAUAAUCCCACUUUUGAUACUAUUUAUGGUCUGCAUUUUUGUGUAAUAGCCAUUAAACAUAUACACACUGAAUGGCAAUUGUAAAUACCUUUCUAUUUAGUAGUUUUCAUUGUUAGUAGUGGAGGCCGCCAUUCCCUCACUGGAUGAUAAUUAGCUUACUACACAUAGCUACAACGUGAGUUUGUUUGUUUGUGCUGAAAACAAAUACACUAGUUGGUAUUGUGUUGUAUUUCUGACAAAGUAGCUGCUCAAGGAGUAUUAAACUUCCUUGCUUUUACCACCUCACCAGGUGUUGCCAAAUCAACCCUGGCUGAAAUCUUAAAGAUUACAACUUUAAACAAUUCUGAUCUCAGCUACAUGAAACUUUCAGACACUGUUUUGUGUAUUUUCCGUUUUUUUUUUUUGUUUUUUUUUAUAAGAAGUUGAUUAUGAUAAGUAUUUCAGUCCAGAAUGCAGUGUAGAGAACAACUGUAUGUAGACUAAACGAUCUGUACAAGCUAAGAGUGUUUUAUUUGUAAGGGAUCAACCAUGACAAGCUGUGCAGUUAUUAAAAAUGUAUUUCACAAUGCUAA